AUGUUGACAGGAGAGCUUGAGGCCCGCAGGACUGCGGUGCCAUGGGAACUUGAGGCCAUCGAACACAGUGUUGUGGUGAACCUGGUUGAGACCAGCACGGCCCCCAGUGGGAUGGAACUGGUCAGCUUCUAUCAGACCAACAGAGUGGGGGACCCCAUGGACCUGGUAGCUCUUGCCGAGCAAGUGCAGAAGGGGGACGACUUUGUCAAAGCCAACGCUUGCAACAAACUGACAGUAAUCGCUGACCAGAUCAGGUACCUGCAGGAGCAGGCCAAAAAGGUUUUAGAAGAAGCAAAGAGAGACGCUGACCUCCACCAUGCUGCCUGUAAUAUUGUGAAAAAGCCAGGCAACAUGUAUUACUUGUACCAGCGGCCGUCUGGACAGAAAUACUUCUCCAUCAUCUCCCCUAAGGAGUGGGGACCAAGCUGCCCUCAUCCGUUUCUUGGCGCAUUCAAGCUUCAGCCUGACAUGUCCUGGACUCCUGUGGAUGAGGUGGAGAAGAGGGACGCAGAGCUCGCCGUCAUGGGCAAACUGCUCAGCCACCAGACAGCACUACCUCCAUACACGGGACCCAACUUCAGAGGUCUAGAUGAAUAAAGUCCCGUUUAAACUGGACCAAAAAUAUGAUCGGUAGCCUACAUACAGAUACAUGUCCCACGCAGGGAGAACCACCGUUUUGUCUUAGGCUGCCAUAAAUGCAUAAUGGCUUAUUUUCAAAGAAUGUGUGUUUUUCAUUUUCUGGAAAAUAUCAAACCAGGACUCAUGAGUGUGUGUGUGCUUAAUUUAAACAGUUUGGAAUGUUUUUGCUGUGCUUGUAUUUGACCAAUCAUUAACACAAACCAAUGGUUUACAUGGGACAGUCAUACCUCUACAGCAGUCGGACAUCAACACGCUUCGGAGACAGAGAAAAACGUCACAGAAUAGAAAAAGUGUCUACAUUUUCUUUUCACCAUCAACAGGUGCAGUUUCUGGAAUUCUGUUCGGAAAGUAAAACUCCUGUAAACUCGUUCCACACAGAGAAAUGCAUCUCAAGUGUUUACUUUUCUUAAUCUAAUUUCUGGUGUCAAGUUGACGAAAUCCCCAAAUGGGAGUUUUUCAAAACAUUGAAAUGUUGCAUCAGGCUAAUAAAACCAGAUUUUCUUACAGAAA